AUGGCAUCAAAAAGCAUGCACUGUCAACUUCCUCUGAUGUCAUCAAUUCUCGCGGACUGGUACAUAUCACAUGUGAGCUGUUUCGGGGUUAACCUUGUCAUUUAUCUGAAACAGACACUUUUGCAGCGGUACGCUACAACCUCACCAGCCACUUCUCUGCGAUGGAUUGCACCAUGUAUCCGGUCUGGGAAGAACGGGAUAACGCACUUCAGAUGCUACCAAACUGGGCGAGGGGAACGGGCAGCAACGGGGAAAACGGACAUCGGAAGAACCGUCAGACUGGCAUCGGUGGAACCAGGGAGAGAGGAGAAGUUUGUUUUCCUUGAGUACGAUGAACCCGAAGAGCUCAGAGACUCGCUCCCAGAGCAUCUGCGCAUCACGGACACCAUGGUAACCAAAGAGAAGGCAAAGAGAAAGUCUGACACAGGCCCACUUCGCGGGGCCCUUGAGCAGCAGGCGCGUGUCCUCUCCGAGAUGAAAAUCAAAGCGGACGAGGAGUCUCUCAUCGAGUUCCACGAUAUCGGGUUCCAGGUGGAGGAGAUAUCCAGGUCUCAGCAGAAGAGACGCAAGGAGCAUAAAGUCUACGGCUCGCCAGACCCAGCUCAGCCGGUCAGCGACACCCCCUGUUCGGGUUGUGGCGCUCUCAUGCACUGUGCGGACCCCGACAUCCCAGGCUACAUAGCCAGCGAGAAAUACGCGAGCUUGGUGGAGGAUGCCGCGCUCUUUAAAGCCAUCUGUCAGCGUUGCUUCUUGCUCACGAACCACCAGAAAGCGCUGAGCGUCACCAUGUCUAAGGAGGAGUACCGGGACAUCGUGCGAGCCGUGAGACCACAUAAAGCGCUUGUUAUCCUAAUCGUGGACCUCCUGGACCUCCCGGACUCGAUAGUCCCGGACCUACCGGAGCUCGUUGGGCGCAACAAACAAAUAGUAAUUCUGGGGAACAAAGUUGACCUCCUCCCAGGAGAUUCGCAGGACUACUUAUCGCGCAUCAGGAAGCGGCUGGUGCAGUACUGCGCAGAGGCAGGAGUCGCUGCUGGGGACCCGAAAGACGUUCACCUGAUCAGCGCGAAGACCGGCUACGGCGUCGAGAAGCUCGUGUCCAGACUCCAGAAGUUGUGGCGCUACGAGGGAGACGUGUACCUAGUGGGCACCACCAACGCCGGGAAGUCCACGCUCUUCAACACGCUCCUGGAGUCCGAUUACUGCAAGUCUCGAGCUUCUGAGGCUAUUCACAAGGCCACGAUCUCCCCGUGGCCCGGCACUACUCUGAACCUGUUGAAGUUUCCCAUCAUUAACCCGACUGCGCACCGCAUGCAGCGUCGAUCCGAGCGCCUGCUUCAGCACUCUGCACGGACACUGGAGGAGCUGGACCCAGAGGAGCAGCGCAAACUCCAGCAGCUUGGCAGACACGCAUAUCUCAUAGGUCGCGUGGGCCGGACAUUCCGUGUGGAACCACCUAAGCGGUUGGAGCUGGCCUUUGACCCUGACAUGGUGAGCUACAGUGCAGAGCCAGAGGAGGAGGACAGCCGGACACAAGCCAGUCAGAAGGCUGCCCCUUUUGAGCUGAGCUACAACGAGAUCAAAGAUGCACGCUGGUUCUACGACACACCCGGCAUCAUGAAGGACAAAGAUAUCCUGAGUGUGCUGUCGGAGCAGGAAGUUAAGCAGGUGCUGCCAACCCAGGCCAUCAUGCCCCGCACCUUCAUCCUGCCCCCCGCCUCCUCCCUCUUCCUGGGGGGUCUGGCACGCAUCGACUACCUGGAGGGGGCUCACUCGUGCUGGUUCACUGUACUAGCGUCCUCUCGAGUUCCUGUUCACGUGACCACUCUGGAAAAAGCAGACAGCAUCUACCACAGGCACGCAGGGAGAGAACUACUCAAGGUCCCUAUGGGAGGGGACGACCGUAUGAGGGAUUUCCCACCUCUUGUUCCACAGGACUUUGAGCUGAUUGGUCAAGGUCCUACCGUUGCUGUCUGUGACAUCAAGCUGUCAUCUGCAGGAUGGGUGACGGUGACGGGAAUGGAGGGGGACAGGCUCCGCGUCCGAGGCCAUGCCCCAGAGGCUGCUGGGAUGUGUCUGCGCACGCCGCCGCUGCUGCCGCACAUCGCCAUGGUGAGGGGAGAGCGAAUCAAGAAGUCACCGGCGUACAAACCUCGCCGCCCACAGGCACUGCUCGAAUUGAGUCUCGCCAAACACAAAGCUAAGAAUGUCAAGAAGAGUGUCAAUAAGAGUGUGUGAGUGUGAGAUGGAGAUUAAGAGGACUGCGUGUGUGUAAAGUGGACUACGUGUGUGUAAAAGGGAGUGCGUGUGUGUAAAGUGGACUGUGU